AGUAUUGUCAUCAGUAUGACAUAAGUAUACCAAGUUUGCAGUCGAUACCACAUUGGGAAGUGGGUUACAAUUGAGUUACAAGAUUUGAGGAUACAACAAUGACAACAGAGUGACUUAAAAUAAAGCCUGUAAAAAGGGGCGAUCCAUCAAUGAAACUGAAUACAAUAAUGCGUAGAAUAACUGAGGCUACACAAGGCUUGAAGCAAUGUUGCCAUUUGGAAGGUUCUCGUACAGAAACAUUGUCCAAAGCUCUAUGCAUAUACAGUACGCAUUAAAAGACGUGUCUAAGCUGAGCCCAAGACGUUUAAAUAAUGGACACAUGGACACGCCGGCUGUUUUCCAGGUGCUCUAGGAUUUGUCAAUUUGUCAUAAGUGCAAAAACGGACAUUCCGAGGAAUGCUAAACUGUUUCUGAACGAAACUUGAUGUGGGAAAUAAACAGCCCCAUUCAAAACACUGUCGGCUUAAGUGUUUCUUUUGGGAGGAAAAUUAUAAGUUAUUUGAACAAAACCUUGAAUUAAAUGCCAGACAUGUGGAAUUUCUCAAUAAAAACUUCUUAAGCUGAUAAUGUACUGUUUUAUAUGACUUUAAUUGUACUGUACCAUACAUUUGGUGCAGAGAACAUCAGGUUAUCUAACAAAGUUGUUGUAGCAUUGCUCAAUGAAGCAGAGGUGUCAGAACAUUAUCCCCCCCCCCCCCUGGAAAACUGGAUUAAUUGAAGAAAGUUGGACAAUAUAUAACUUUGAAGCGUUUUAAUUUGAUACCUCCUGGAUAUAAAAAUAUGACUUGCAUAUAUUGCCAGUCAAGCUGUUACAAUUUGCAAGGCCCACUAUUACAAUACUAUACAAUGUACAGUAAUCUAAUAAUAAAGUAGAGUUGAUGUGUUUUUUUUAGCUCUCGUUUUUCUUUAAAAAGCCCCGUUUCUAUUUUAACCCCAGACCUUGAGAAAUGUGGGUAAGCAUGAAGAAUUUCAAAAACCUGCUUAAAUCUGGUUAAUUUUGGUCACAAUUUUCAUGCCAAACGUCUUUUUAAAAGACGCAUACUCGUUUGGCAGGCUAUUCGGGUUUACAAAGCAAAUGGGGUGGUUCACAACUUCCUGGUUUUGAGAGCGAUUGGCUCACUCACCAGACCAGGAAACACAAACCCUCUGUGAGUCUUCAUCCUCCCACUCUGCUCCUCCACCCCCUGGAUGCUGGAGUAUGACGAUACUGUAACAUAUUUACUCUGUGUAUUCAAGUUAUUAAAUAUGUACAGAAAUAGGCUACGUAAAUCUUUCGCCAUUCCACAGUAACGUUCUCAGGGAGCCGGCAUACUUUGCUAGGGUUUGGCAGUUUGCUUGUGCCAGUGAGUCAGCUACCAUGUUUCAAAGUUCCAAGUCUGGCCUCGGAGAUUUUUAUGUGCUUCGUAGGCCGCAGUGCUGUGUAUUCUAAGCAUGUGGCAUGGCUUUGUCUUCACUUCUCAUUUAUGAAGGAAACAUACUCACGUGGAGGAACAAGGACUGCAGAGUGAGUGUUCCAAGUGCACCUGGCUGGAAACUGUUUGGAAGGGUCCCGCCAAAAGAAAGUCCACAGAAAGACCCUAAGAAAAUUCAACAGGAUUACGAAGCCAGGAUAGCGAAAAGCGAGAAGGCGGCCACUGGCCAGACACCAUCAAGAAAGGACCUGGACUUUGAGCCCCUUUCUACCACAGCCCUCAUUCUGGAGCAGCGUCCAGCGCACCUACCUGCUAAGCCUGUCGAAGAGAUGCAGAGACACCAGGAACUUUACGCUGAGAUGGUUUCCCAGGCUAAAAAGCGAGAAGCACGAGAGGCACAGCGGCAGAAGCAACUGAUGCAGGAGCGCUGUAAAAAGGAAGACUCGAUCAUCAGUACCCUGGCUGUGUGGAACACUGAGAUUCUGCCAAACUGGGAACAAACGUGUAAUUCGAGAAAAGUACGGGAUUUAUGGUGGCAAGGCAUCCCUCCCAGUAUCCGGGGGAAGAUUUGGAGUUUGGCUAUUGGCAAUGAGCUCAACAUCACGCCUGAAUUGUACGAAAUCUUUCUGUCUCGGGCAAAAGAGAAGUGGAGGAGCUAUAGCGACUCUGGUUCAGACUCUGAGAAUGGAGAUGUUGGGUGUAAUGGGGCCGACCGAGAAAGCAGCCUUGAGCUGAUAAGUCUGGACAUCUCUAGAACUUUCCCAUCUCUGUGUAUCUUCCAGAAGCGAGGACCAUACCAUGACAUCCUGCAGAGCGUGCUUGGGGCCUACACAUGCUAUCGUCCAGAUGUUGGCUAUGUGCAAGGCAUGUCGUUCCUGGCAGCCGUGCUGUUGCUCAACCUCGACGUGGCAGAUGCAUUCAUCACCUUCGCCAACCUCCUCAACAAGCCCUGCCAGAUGGCCUUCUUCCGUGUCGACCACCCACUGAUGCUUAAAUACUUUGAAGCCUUUGAGCUCUUCUUUGAAGAAAACCUUCCAAGGUUAUUCAGCCACUUCAAGACCAGCAACUUGACACCUGACUUGUACUUGAUUGACUGGAUUUUUACGCUGUACAGCAAGGCGCUGCCUCUGGACGUGGCAUGUCGAGUUUGGGAUGUUUUUUGCCGCGAUGGGGAAGAGUUUCUUUUCCGCACAGCACUGGGCAUACUCCGUCUGUACCAGGAUGUGCUGCUCAGCACAGACUUCCUGCAGGGGGCUCAGUUUCUGACUCGCCUGCCAGACAACAUUGCCGCCCAGCCACUGUUUGCUGCCAUUGGCACCAUCAACAUGCAAAAUAAGCAUGGAAAGUGGAGCCAGGUUUUUUCUGCACUUCAAAAGGACAGACGAGAUUCAGAGAAAAGUGGAAGCCCUUGAGGAGGCAGUCGUUGGCUCCAUUUGUGCUUCAGAAAUAUUUAAUGUGAACUGUGUGUAGAAGACCUCACAUUUCUUUAACACUAAAUGCACUUGGCAGUGUUUAUUGGGACCAUUUACAUUCUGAAAACUAGUUUGAAAGCAUGUUGUAUCAUUGCUGCAGUGUUCGGAGUUUGGCUACAUACGAAUAUGAAUGGAACUGACUGAGUGGGGUAAUAUUGCUUCUCCUUGCUGUAUUGCAUCUCUGGAAUCUGAGCAGAACUGGCAACUGAAAAAGUAUCUGCAGUUUAUUCCCUAGGCAUUGGCUAGUGGCAGGUCAAGACGAUGCAGGCUACAGAAGUGCAUACAUACGUUUGUAAAUGUGGAAAGACAUUUAGCCAAACUUGUAUUCCCAUUUUAUACAAUCUAUGGACUUUUUCAACUGGUAUUUGAAAAUAAGUGCAUACAAUACUUCUCCACACUAAUGAUCAGUGUUACUGAAUAUACAAUACAUAUGGCGCCUUUUCUGCUAUAGGACCAGAACAGAAUUUUGUGAUGCAGCAUUGCACAAAGCUUGCCUCUGUAUUGGCUUGGUAAUAUUACCUUGCAAUACAUCAAGUAAAUAAGCAGUUCUUUGAAACAAAGCUAGAGGUAGAUCUGGUCUAAGUGGUUUGUUGUGCUGUGUGUGUGUGAUUUGUCAAAUGAUGCGCUUAAUGUAAAACGUGCUUACAUGAAACAAUGCAAAUAUGUACUCGCCUGAUGGGCAUGUGUUAUUUGUACCAUAGAUCGACUGCAACAUCGUAUUUGGUUCCACGUUAUGCUCAAGCGUUGUAAAAUAAAGUAAAGAACGCAGCACCUUGCAUAAUAAAUAGCAAAUUUGAUUUUUUUCACUUUACACAAUCCAGUGGAAAUUAUGUAUGGAGAACAUGAAAUGGAAAGUUUUUUUUUGUAGCCAAAAAGCCUGCGUCUUUUCCAACCAUCCUUAAUCAUACGCAAACGCAUUGCGAGUAACUUUAUGGAAUGAGUGCAAUGUUAUUAACGUGGUGUAUUGAAGCUAUUUUUCGAGGGCAUAUACCACUUUUUCUCUUUAAAAUGUUACCUUAAUUACUACGAAAGACACUUUCUGGCUGGUUCAGGUACUUUCCUGUUUGUUUUUGCCGUCUUAGCAGAUGGCCUGCAGAAUUUACCAGUACAUUGUAAAAAAAAUUAAAGCUGUCUACCAGAUUCCGUUUUUGUACAAAAACAUUGUUUCAUUUUGCUCCGUUCAAGGAUUGACGUAAUCGCGUAUCGAGGGAAACCCUUUAGCAAUUAGUACCGCUUCUUAAAAUGCAGCUGUAGUUACUCUUUAUAAAUCCAAAUUGUAUUGAAAACCUGGAUAAUUGGACUUGACAUGUGACACUAACAUUUGACCACGAAUCAAGAGCCUCCUUUAGGGUUGAGUAUACACAUGGUUUGAUCGUAAUAAAAUAUGUGAGUGUAAAAGUGCAAAUUUGAAAUGUGCAAAUGUACGUGAAGACUGACGAUUGUCAUAAGAAAAAAAUGCACUUAGUUCAAUGGACUUGACAUUCAAUUUGUGUUUUUUUGGCGAGUCGUACAUCUUGAAGCCUGCAGCAGCAAUCGCGUUGGAAAUAUUUAUAUUUACAUUAUCAAUAGUUACAUUUUGGCUUAAAGAUUUCGUGACUGCAGGAAUUCAUAUUCUUUGGGUCUUUCGGUAAAGUCACGUAAAAAGGUUCAAAUUUAUACAAAUAAAAUAGACAAAAAAAACUACGAUGUUUCGAUCACAACACAAGCGAUCGUCAUCAGGAGGAAAACAGGGGGAAAGAUGCUUUCCUCUUUAUUUGUAUUAAUUUGAACCUAUCUACGUCACGUUACCGAAAGACCCAAAUAAUGGUUACAUUAUUAACAUUGUGUAAAAUGUCAAUUACUGUUUUGACGAAGCACAAUCAUUAUAACCACCUGCCGCAAUUAUCAGCAUCACAGUGUUAUGUCUCAAUGUUAAAACAUUACAGUCUAUGUGAAUGCUGCCUUGAACAGAAUGGACACUUGAUGUAAAUAGGGUUAUUUGCCAGCAAUGUAUGCUACCUGUUUUUAUCAAGGAUUAACUACAACGCUAAAGGCUGAGCCUAAUCUGGUUAAGUGACGUACCUUUUACAUACUGGUGGAUGAUACUCUUUAAAGGUAAAGCGAGUUUCCUGAUGAACUUAUUGCUGAACUGUAAAUUUUAGUCUCUGUUACUGUCUUUUCAAAGCUUUGUCGUGUGCAUUUUACGUCAUUCGUGUCGAAUACAUUUGUAUAUAAUAAAACAAGACAUUCGUAUUAUGCGGUUGCAUUUUUCCAAAGCAAGGCUGCACUAUGUACCGCAUUUGACGGAGUGCACAGGGAAAGGAGUCGAUUAGUCCUUUGAGGUCUUUACGAGUCAGACCUGGGAAAAUGUACGGUUGUAAUACGCUACAGCAUAUAAAGGGUUAUAUAUUGUAAGAACUCGACGGCAAAUUAAUUCACUCAAACUUCUAGAGGAAUUGUUAAGAUAUACCUAUUGAUUUUAAGGCAUCGAUUACAAAUAAGUGCACCAUUUAAUUUGUGGCACUUGCAGUAAUUGUCACAAGACCAACAAAUAUUUAACUUUCAAUCUACAAACCAAUUAAAUACUUCAGAAAACCACGACAAAUGUAACUUGUAAAUAUUGUCCAACAAGAAUAAACUUUAAAAUUUG